AUGGCAGCGACCGUGUUCCGGUCUGCGCUGUGGGGCUGGAGAACCGGCGUCCAGCCGAGCUGCGGGCUACGGCACCUGAGCCAAGUCCAGGGGCCUCCUGAUUACCCCAGCUUCGUGGAAUCUGUGGAUGAAUACCAUUUUGUGGAGCGCCUGUUACCCCCUACCCGCAUCCCAGAGCCCCCAAAGCACAAACAUUAUCCCACUCCCAGUGGCUGGCAGCCCCCUCAAGACCCCCCACCUAACCUGCCCUACUUUGUGCGACGCUCUCGGAUGCACAACAUCCCUGUCUACAAAGAUAUCACACAUGGUAACCGCCAGAUGACUGUAAUCCGGAAGGUGGAGGGGGACAUCUGGGCCCUGCAGAAGGAUGUGGAGGAUUUCCUGAGCCCGCUGCUGGGGAAGAUGCCCGUCACUCAGGUCAAUGAGGUGACAGGUACCCUGCGGGUCAAGGGCUACUUUGACCAGCAGCUCAAAGCCUGGCUCCUGGAGAAGGGCUUCUGAAGCCCAGCUGAGCAGCCUGCACGACAGCGUCCUCUACAGACUGGAGUCCAGGGGACCUCAGGGGAAGGGAUGGGUGCUGGAGCUGCUGGGGUAGAGGCCAGGGCUAAGGGCAUGGGCCAGCAGAGUGUGAGGGCAAAAGGGCCUCAGGGUCAGGCCUUAUUUGCACAAAGGGAGAACCGGGAUCCUCUACCUAGGUGGCAGGACUGGGGAGGGCUCUCUACAUUGGAGACCCACCAGGAACAGCUGAGCUAGUGGCCUGUUCCUGCUUUUCCUUUAUUGGGGCUCAUUGGGCUCAGCUAUUUAAUUCUGGGGUGGUAGUGACUGCCCUCUGGUAGGAGUAGCCCACCCAGUUUAGAGGAGGGGGUAGCACAGGGCAGACCAGUUGGGUGUGUUUAUUUCCCUGCCCUCCCCAGCUCACUGCUGCAAACAUUCCUGAACCCCUGCUCUAGGCCACAUCUGGCUUGGUUGGAGGCCACGGAGAAUACAGAUUACUCAGGCAGGGCUCCUGGAGGUCUUAGUGUCCAUGUGCACCCCUGGGCAUGGAGAGAGUGAAGGCCCAGUUGGGGUCCUUAUUCUAUUCCAGAGCAGAGUAGAGCCUGACCAGCUUUCCAGGAUCCUGGAAACAAGCUCCAGCCAGUGAAGUGGUUUGCUUUGGUUGGCCUGACCACGAUGGGGUGGUUGGGAGUUCCAGGACUCCAGCACAGGGCUACCCUCCCAAUAUCAAGGCUGGACAGGGUGUUUGCAGGCAGGAAGAUGGACUUUUGCCCAUGUUAUCCCAUCCCACGCCAAGCCAGCUAGCUUUCACACUUGCCCACCCUUGGAGUUACAGGGGACAAAGGCCUGAGUUCCAUCUCCACCCUACCCCAGCCCAUCCCAGCACCCAACUGGCUAAGA